CAGUGGAUAAUGUGCAUGCACGCACAGCUAGCUGGCAUAUUAUGGACUGCACUGCCGACCAUCACAUUUGCAAAAGCCAUUAUUCGGCCAUAAUUUCGAUCAAGUGAAGAGCUAGAAGUCGUUGUGCAUGCGCCUACUUGGUAAUGCAGUUUUUCAAGAUGGCUAAGGAGCAGAGAAUUUCGAGUUUGAUCUCAGUUCUUCAGAUAGCAGAUUCUGGCUUUCCAACGGGUGCAUUUUCACACAGUGCAGGCUUUGAAGCAGCCAUGAAAAAAGGUCAUAUUUACGACCAGGAAUCCUUCAAGAACCUCAUCAUUGCAGUUAUGGAAAAUGCAGGAUCAUUCAAUCUGCCGUUCGUGAAAGCUGGAUAUGAGAAGAGUGAAAAUAUGACAGCGAUCAUCUCGUUGGAUCGUUACUGUGAUGCGUGUAUGACCAACCAUGUAGCUAGCAGGGCGAGCUCACAACAGGGAAGAUCCCUGAUUUUGACAUCUAGUGAAACAUUUCCUGAUCAGAGGAUCAAAAGCCUUAUGAAUUCCAUCAGUAAACCAGGAAUGAAGGGUCAUCAGGCUGUUAUGUUUGGCUGUCUGUGUGCCUAUUUAGAUAUCCCUCUCAGAGACUGUUUAGAAGUGUUCAUCUUCAAUCUACUCAAGAUCCUUUGCGUCAGCGUGGUUAAACUAGGACACAUUGGACCUAUGCAGGCCCAAAGGACUCAGUAUGAACAUCAGAAGAACAUUGCUAACAUUGUAGACAGAAACCUUAAUCGGAGUGUUGAGGAGAGCUGCAUAUCCUUCCCAUUAGUUGACAUCUAUCAGAACACCCACGAUACCCUCUUCUCAAGACUCUUUUGCUCAUGAUGGCAUUGGCAGAAAUACCUUUCACCAGUAAACUGAAAUAAAUAACUGGUGUAAUACAGUCAAACCUGCUUUAGUGACCACCUGUCUACAAAGGCCACAUUUGUUGUUUCCCUUGAAAAUGCAUGGUUUCUCAUUGAAUCAU